GUGUCGAGCGACAAGGACCCGCUGGUGUUCCUGAGCGCGCCGCGCUCCCCGCCGCGGGGCUUCCUGCAGGCGGGCGCGCACGACUCGCUGGUGUCGGUGAGCCGCGGCGGCGCCGUGGGGGCGCACACGUGGGCGGCGGCCGCCGACCGCCACGCCCCCGCGCGCGGCUUCGUCUUCGACGUCGACCCCAGCCUCGCCAGCGCCAAGACCAAGCGCACGCUGGGCAACGCGCACCACCCGGGCCAGGCCCUGAGCAGCCAGCUGUUCGCGCUGUCGCACGACGCCAAGGUGCUGUACACGGGCGGCCACUGGGACUGCACGCUGCGCCUCUACAGCCUGGCCAAGGGCAAGACGGUGGCGGCGCUGCGCAGGCACUUCGACGUGGUGACGUGCGUGGCGCUGGACGCCGUGGGCCAGUACCUGGUGACGGGGUCGCGUGACUGCACGGCCGUGGUGUGGGAGCUGGUGCCGUCGGCAGGCGGCGCGGGGACGGCCGGCAGCACCGCGGGCGCGGGCUCCGCCACCGCGCCGCUGCCCCGCCCGCACUGCACGCUGUACGGCCACGACCGGCCCGUCUCCUGCGAUGGAACAGUAAAUGUUCACACUAUUGAAGAAGGCCAAUAUUUAAGAACACUAGAACCACAGAGUGUUAAUGGACUAGACUUGGAGGUAUCUCUACUAGCUCUUUCUGCUCAGGGUGACAUAGCAUUUGCUGCUCAUGAUAAGAGAAGCCAUUCAGUGCAUGUUUACUCAGUGAAUGGUGUUUCAUUGGGAUCCAAACUAGUCCCCGGCCGUGUAGCUGGUCUGGCUGUUGCGGGUGACAUGUUGGUUGUUGGUGAUGAUGCCGGGGAUAUCACAAUAAGUCGCUUGUUAGGCUUGCCUCCUGUUUAUGACCUUCCUUUGCAUGUGCCCAUCCAGUCAGUUGUAGUCACUGCAGGUGCCACCCACCUUUUGGUGCCCCUUCGUGAUGGAAGGGUCAUGGUACUAGGAGUAGCCAAUGCAUAGUUACUGUGAAAGGUCAUUGCUGGGUGCCCACUCCAAAAUGCACAUUUCCUCUGAUAUGUAGUGAAUAUCAUUCCAUUGAGUGAUAAUCAGAACAACUAGAUGUCUGUGAAGGAAUUUGCAAAGCAUUUGCUUUUUCAUGACAUGUACCAAGUCGGUAUCAUGUUAGAUGUUUCUGAUUUCUUAUUGCAUUGCAUGUUUUGCAUAUAAAAAGAAACAAUAGAUAUUGCAAGCUAUAUUCAGAAUGUUCAUAUAGAGAUGAGUGAAAAGGGUGAGUAUGAGUAUCAUUAAAAAAAUUCAAGAAGUGUUCCCUUUAGUUAAGUGAAUAUUGGAGUGAGCAAGGAUUGUGUGCAGUUUUUAAUGUAUUAAGAGUUUAAUAAAUGAGCAUAAUAUAUGUUGCCAUACUACACAAUACAACAAACACUAUAAAGUUUUUAAAAUUAUGUAUAUUCAAUAUGUACAGGUUAUACAAUAAUUUUAUGUACAUAAAGCAAUGAAUUUGUCCACAAUGGAGGACAUACAAAACAAGAAUAACCAUAUUUUUAUAUAGUAUUUAGGACCACAUAGUUUUAGUUAAAUGACAUGUUGCAAUGGUCAUAAGGGCCUGGGUAGUGCAGUAGGCAUGCCAAUGGUUUAGAUGACAGAAAUUGAAACAAGAAAGAGUAGAGCUAAUUUUAGCUUCUUGGGAGUCAGGUUUGAUAGAAUAGUUUUUUUGAUAUACUAUUUUUUAAGUCAAUAAGAAAUUUAAUUUUAUUGUUUCGUUUGAAACUUUAAGAAGAAAUUGUUUGAUUGAAAGCAAACAGUUUUUAUGUUUUGAAUUAAAAUGUACACUAUGUUUCUAUAUGAACUAAGUGAUAAUUAUCAUUUGUAUUAAUUGUAAGAUUUUGUUCAGGUAAAUACUCUUGCUUUAAAUACUUUGUGAUGGAGAAAUUGGUGGAAGGAACUAGAAAGAUCU